UCUCCAGUCUGAAGUGGUUUUAUGAAAGCAGUUCCCUCUCUCAACUCCGCCCCACAUUGGCCAAACUCUGACUGAACUUUCCUCACAGAAGAACUUUCUUCUGUGGAGCCUGUGCGUCACUCUCCACUAACCUGGCUUGGACGGACCACAGGGCUGCUCGUCUGCUCCUGAAACAAGAACAAUGGGUUGGCAGGACCAAGUAUGGCUCGUCUGUGCGAGUUUUCUCGGAUUUGUGGCGUCUGUGCAGAGCAUAACGCGGGGAGAGUUUUUUCCUUUCGGUCCAAGCGCAAGAGACCAGUUACUCGAAGCAGGGAAUGACCAGACGCACCGACUCGAACUGGACAAGCCAGUGUUGUUUUAUGAUGGCACUUUCAACAGCAUAUUUAUCAACACCAACGGUUUUGUUGCAACAGCAGAGCCAACAAGCGAGUCGACAUAUCUUGGCCAAAUACCCCCAAGAUUCGGCAUGAUUGCAGCUCUGCAAGGAGACCUGGACACAAGUGAUGGUGUGGGCAAGGUUUUCUUCCGUCAAGACUCCAGUCCUGAUGUUCUACGUCAGGCAGCUGAGCACAUCAACAGGGCUUUUCCUGAAGAUGAUGAAAUCAACCCCAUCCAUGCUGUGGUGAUCACCUGGGUCGAUGUUGCCACACAUGAAAGUCAAAGCAGAGGAGAUGGCAUUGACAAGAAGAGAAACACCUUCCAGUUGGUUAUUGCAUCCUUGGAGACUGCCUCAUAUGCCAUUGUCCUGUAUGCAAGGGAUGGGAUACAGUUUUACUCCACACCUGUAGAAAAUAGCAGUGUGACCAUGCGUGCUGGCUUCAGUAAGGGUUUGGUUCGUCAAUUUUUGUUCUUAAGUCAAGGACCAGACUAUGUCACCACCACUGAGGAUGAGGCAUCCAUCAGAGCAUUAGCAGAGGAGACCAACUCUGGUCUGAGGGGUGUAUGGGUGUACGAGAUUGGAACUUCUCCAUAUUUUACCAACGUGGCUCCAGGUGAGGUCACUGACCUGCCCACUGAGGCUACACCAUGGAGAGACCCUGAGGGCCAUGACGGGGCCACUGAUGCAAGGCGAACUGUGUAUACUAAUGGACAGCAAGUGGAGUAUCCUCCAUAUGAGUCAGAAGGGCAGCAGAUCCAAGUUCACCCAGUUCAGUACCAGCCACAUCAGCCUGGGAACCCAGAAGUGGUGGUGGUGGAUGACACAGAUAUAAAUGUAGAUGUGUUCUCAUACAACCUUGGGACAUGUGCAAGCAGUGGAAAUAAAUGCUCCCAGUUUGCUGACUGCAGGGACUACUCCAGUGGAUACUGCUGCCACUGCAGACCUGGCUUCUACGGCAAUGGGAUACAGUGUGUGGCAGAGGGAAAGCCACAGAGGAUGAAUGGCAAAAUGCACGGAAGAGUAUACGUUGGCAACUCUCCUUCUCCAGUGGAGUUCAGCAACAAUGAUCUCCACUCAUAUGUUGUGGUAAAUGAUGGUCGUUCCUAUGUGGCCAUCAGUGACAUCCCUGACACCAUUGGGUCCUCACUGCAGCCCUUGUCGGCCCUUGGCGGUGUGAUUGGGUGGGCGUUUGCUCUGGAACAGCCUGGCUUCAAGAAUGGAUUCAGUAUUAUUGGGGGGGAGUUCACAAGGCAGGCUGAAGUGACCUUUCUGCCGGGGAAUGAGAAGCUGACUAUCAGGCAGGAGUUCAAAGGCAUUGAUGAACAUGACCACCUGGUGGUGAGCACCAACCUGGAGGGCCGUGUCCCUGAGAUCCCUCGUGGCUCCACUGUGCAGAUUGACUCAUACUCUGAGAUCUAUCAGUACAGCAACAACUUGAUCACCUCAUCUUCCACUCGGGACUAUGUAGUGAGCUUGCCCGAUGGCUCCACUGACACCAGGACGUAUCAGUGGCGUCAGACCAUCACCUUCCAGGGCUGCCAACAUGGCGAGUCUUUGAGAGAUGUGAAACCGACUCAGAUGCUCAACGUGGAACAGGUGUUUGUCAUGUAUGAUGCUAAUAAUGAACUCAUCCGGUUCGCCAUGAGCAACAAGAUCGGGGAUGUCAAUGGAGGGCAGCCAGAGGAGAACCCAUGUUUCACUGGCAGACACGGUUGUGACACCAAUGCUGUGUGUCGACCUGGACAAGGAACUCAGUUCAACUGUGAAUGUGCUACUGGCUUCAAUGGUGAUGGCCGCACAUGUUACGACAUUGAUGAGUGCAGAGAGAGUCCUCAGAUCUGUGGCUCCCACGCAAUCUGCAACAACCAGCCUGGGACCUUUCGCUGUGAAUGUGACGAAGGAUAUCAGUUCGACAGCGAUGGGAGGACCUGCACUGAGGUUAAUCGACCUGUGAACGCCUGUGAAGAAGGCACCCACACUUGCGACAUUCCUGAGCGUGCUCAGUGCAGCUACACUGGAGGCUCAGCCUACGUCUGCUCCUGCCUGCCAGGCUUCAUAGGAGAUGGUACAAUCUGCCAAGACAUAGAUGAGUGCCAGACAGGCAGGUGCCAUCAGGAGGCUGUGUGCUACAAUACCCAGGGAUCAUUUACCUGCCAAUGCAGGCCAGGUUAUUAUGGUGACGGCUUCUACUGCUCUCAAGAGAGGACAAAAACACAAUGUGAGACCCACAGAGACACUCUCCUGGGUGUGACGGGGUAUGGUCCACGAGGUCCCCGUCCUCCCGUUGGACAGUACAUCCCUACAUGUGACGAGAACGGUGCCUAUGAACCCAUGCAGUGCCAUGGGAGCACGGGACACUGCUGGUGCGUGGACCGAAACGGACAGGAGAUCCCUGGGACUCGCUCUGGGCCUGGCAGUAGACCAAUGUGUAUUGACCACGGUGGUGCGCCACAACCUGUCGGACCCACUCCUCGACCCGAUGUCCACCCCCUGCCUCCAGGAACACACUUGUUGUUUGCCCAGAGCGGCAGGAUAGAGCACAUCCCGCUGGAAGGAUAUGAUAUGAAAAAGGAUGAUGCCAAGGCUGUCCUCCACCUCCCUGAGAAGGUAAUCAUCGGAGUGGCCUAUGACUGUGUGGAGAAAAUGGUCUACUGGACUGAAAUCACAUCUCCCUCAAUCAGCAAGGCCAGCAUCCAGGGGGGAGAGCCCAUUGCGGUCAUUGGAUCAGAUUUGCAUAGCCCAGAGGGUAUCGCCAUCGAUCACUUGGGCCGGAUUUUGUUCUGGACGGACUCUGUGAAGGAUCGCAUUGAGGUGGCCUCUUUAGAUGGGUCUCAGCGUCGCGUCAUUGUAGACUCCGACCUUGUCAACCCCCGUGCUAUCAUCGCCGACCCUCCCAAUGGUAAUCUAUACUGGGCUGACUGGAACCGUGAUGCUCCCAAGAUUGAGACCGCUUACAUGGAUGGAUCCAACAGAAGGGUCCUGGUUAAAGACGAUCUCAGCCUGCCAAACGGCUUGACCUACGACUCUCAGAGCUCUCUGCUUUGCUGGGCAGAUGCAGGCACUCAUAAACUGGAAUGCAUGCAUCCUGCACGGGGUGACCGCAGGAAGGUUAUGGAGGGCAUCCAGUACCCUUUUGGAAUCACAUCUUUUGGGAAGAACAUCUACUACACUGACUGGCGGAGGGAUGCUGUGGUUGCUGUGGACCGCUAUACCGGUAAUGAGUCAGAUCAGUUCCAGCCUCAAAAACGGACCAAGCUAUAUGGAAUCGCCACAGCCUAUGCCCAGUGUCUCUCAGGACAAAACUACUGCGCUGUGAACAACGGGGGCUGCACUCACCUCUGUUUAGCAACCCCUGCCGGUCGCUCCUGCAAAUGUCCCGACAAUGCAGUGGGUGUGGGCUGUGUGGAGAGAGACAGCGGGUACUGAGAGAAGGCGGCUGUGCUCAGAGAGCUGGCACUGUUUGGAUGUUUGACCGCUAAUUAGGAGCCACUCAGCAUUACUAAACUGUAGCUGCUGAAAAUGCCACAGAAAACUGAACUUACUGUGCCUUUUAUUUCUCAGUGAUAUGCUUAUAUACAUUUUUACGUUUCCCGUUGCCUUUAUCAAAUCACAACUGCCUUUAAGAAUUGUAAAUAUAAACACUAUUAUUUUGUCUUUUUCCUGAGUGCACAUAAACUGAGAAAAAAGUUCAAGGGAUACAUAAUUUAAUGUGAAAUUCAUCACAGCGGUGCAUGACAUCAUCUCAUGCCAGCUGUGUUACACUGUGGCUUGUUCGGAUUAGAUAACUGCAUGGAAGUGUUGUUGUGGAGUGUGGCCAGAGUCUGUACAAUAAACAUUAAAAUAAACAUUUUUCUAACA